GUCGCCAUUUUCAAUAUAGUACACGAUACGUUGAUUACUUAAAUAAAUCUAAAAGGGAUUGAAUAUUAUUUGUUUUUGUUCGUUUUGUGUACAUAAUAAAAAAUGAGUGGGAAAGAAAAUUCAACGACGGUAGUUAAACCUACGACGGGGACUAAUAUCAAAUCUUAUGGAAAAAUCGUAUUGACUCUACAAAAUUGUCUUUUACCUGAAGAAAAACUUGCUUCUACACCAUCGCAUUUAGACGGUUUAGAUGCUGAAACUGAAACAGACCUUCGGAUAUUAGGAUGCGAAUUAAUACAAACGGCCGGAAUUCUCUUGAAAUUACCACAGUUAAGCACAGUACAAAAAUUGUAAGUAAAUUCCUCUAUUACGAAGUUGAACUGCGCGAGAAUUGUAUAUCUAAUAAAAAUCUAACGUACAAAUUAAAGAAGAGGAAGGAGAGAGAACAUGAUACACGUCACGUUUUCUUCACGUAUCUUUCAUGAUCUCUGCAACACACGUUAUAAAUGCAUGGCAAAUAAGAUUAAGUUUGGUACAACCCGUUCUAUAUGAAAGUUGCAAUGGCUACCGGACAGGUGAUAUUUCAACGGUUUUAUUAUAGUAAAUCGUUAGUGAGACAUAACAUGGAAACAACAGCUAUGGGUUGUAUCUGUUUAGCUUGUAAAAUAGAAGAAUCACCAAGAAGAAUUAGAGAUGUUAUUAACGUCUUUAAUCACAUUAAGCAAGUUACUUGUCAAAAGCCGAUAUUACCAGUGAUACUUGAUCAAAAUUACGUAGCAUUAAAAAAUCAAGUUAUUAAGUCAGAGAGAAGAGUAUUGAAGGAAUUAGGUUUUUGCGUACAUGUCAAACAUCCGCACAAAAUUAUAGUAAUGUACUUGCAAGUUUUGGGUUACGAAAAGAAUCGUGCUCUAAUGCAACAAUGUUGGAAUUACAUGAACGACUCGUUACGCUCGGAUGUAUUUCUGAGGCAUCAACCAGAAACUGUGGCAUGUGCAUGUGUUUAUUUGGGUGCUCGUCAGCUUCAACUUCCUCUGCCAACUUCACCAUCGUGGUUCUGUCUUUUCAAAGUCAGCGAGUCUGCAAUAAAAGAUGUAUGCCGUCGUAUUUUAAAGUUAUACUCUAGACCACGAGUAAAACCAGAACAAUUGGAAAAGAAAGUAGAAGAGUUACGUCGCCAAUAUGAAGAAGCAAGGACUAAAGCUCGGGGUGGCGACGUUGACAGUCACACACCGAGUCCACCAUUGCCGAAACAUCACAAUGCUUGGGGUGGUUUUAUUAGUCGCAGUGGUACACAUGCUGUACCUGAAAGAACUAAGUCGCCCAGACGUUCUAAGUCAACCAGUACUUCCCCGUCAAAAGGAGAAGGAGCAAAACAUAAUAAAAGAAAGAAACAUGUUAGUAGAAGUAGAUCCCGCAGUCAUAGUCAUGGGAGAUCUCGUAAACCUAAAAAAGCACAACGAAGGAGAUCAGGUAGUCACAAAUCUUCACAUAGUCGUUAUAGAUCCCAUAGUCGUUCUCGGGAAAGAGAUUCUGAAAAAUCAAGUAAACAUCGUAGUAAACGUAGAAGACACUAAAUAAUAAUUGACUUUAAUUACUAAAUUAAUAUAGAUAUCUAAUUGAACAAAAGAAUAUGGAUAAUUCUAUGAUAAAAUUUUAUCUUUAAAGAGGAAUAAGAACUUUUGCUUUAAAAAGUUGUAACGUUUGUAAUUUGUAAUCUUUGUAAAUAAAACGUCAUUUUGAAAUAUGCUAUUUAA